UCCCCUUCCUUCCUUUUCCCGCCCUUCCCUCUCCUCGCUCCCGGAGGGCCUGCGCGGCCAUGGCGCUCGGGCUCGGCGCUCUGCGCCUUCUGCUGGGCGGCUUCUUCGCACUCACGGGGGCAGCCAAGCUUUCGCAGCAGAUCUCGGCUCCCGCGUCCCAGCAGAUGAAAGCCCUGUUUGUGCAGUUUGCUGAGGUGUUCCCGUUGAAGGUGUUCGGCUACCAGCCCGAUCCCAUGAACUACCAAGAGGCUGUGGGCUGGCUGGAACUGCUGGCUGGGCUGCUGCUGGUCCUGGGCCCACCGAUGCUGCGAGAGAUCAGUAACUUGCUUUUGACCCUGCUCAUGAUGGGGGCUAUCUUCACUUUGGCAUCUCUGAAAGAGUCGCUGAACACCUACAUCCCACCUAUCAUCUGCCUGGGGCUUCUGCAGCUUCUGGAUGUCUGCCAUCUCUGAGUCCAAAGGAGGUGGUCAGGCCCACCAGGAAGAAGACUCUUCCAAGUGCAUUCAAGGAAUCCUGGGAGUCGAGGGCCUCUUGCCUCUUCAUGCCAUGUCACUGUCACGGCAGGAACAUGGUGGAACACACAGUCUACCAGCUUGUUACCAGUACGUCCAGGGUUGGCCCGUGUUGAAGUAGACAUCUUAUCUACCUGACCCUGCUUUCUAUCUGGACAUAUCAUGGACAUUUAACUGCUCUUUUUUGAGGGAUACAUGUUAAAUAUACUAACAUUCCUCAUGUCAUGUGAAAGUAGAAAAUAAACAGAAAAGCAACUUAAAUCACCCCAAAUUUUAAUGCACCAAAAUAACUAUUAAUUCCUUUUAAUAACUGUACCAUUCAACUUUUUCUAUGCCUUUAUACAGAUAUUUCUUAAUGAAAAUGAGACAAUAUAAAUUAUUACCUGCUUUUGAAAACUCA